AUGGGUUCGAAAAUAGAAUACGUGGAUUCGUCACAUUUGUACGCCACGAACUAUGUCCGUAAUUCGAAAGCUAUCGGCGUGCUUUGGGCAAUAUUCACGAUUUGCUAUGCGAUUAUAAGCGUUGUCGCGUUCGUGACGCCGGAGUGGAUCGGCGAUCUCGACACCGAGUACCCUAGAAAGUUUGGCUUGUGGCAAAUCUGUAGGGCGGACGAGGCCGUCGAGGACUGCAAAGGGAGGCUCGACGAAUUCAUGUCCAUAAACGGCUUCGUCUUCAAGGCGUGCACGGUGCUGGUGGCGGUGGCCGUGGCGCUGGCUUUGUUUACCAUUUGCUCGCUCCUUUUGUUUUUCUUCUGCCAAUCCACGACAGUGUUUCACAUUUGUGGCUGGCUGCAGUUGUUAUCAGGUUAG